AUGAAGAAGUUUAAUUUCCGAAAAGUUUUGGAUGGCUUAACUGCCUCCUCCCCUGGCAGUGGUAGCAGCAGUGGCAGUAACAGUGGUGGUGGGGCUGGAAGUGGUUCCAUGCAUCCAGGAGGGACUGCAGGGAUUCUCAGAGAGGAGAUUCAGGAAACCUUGACUUCAGACUGUUUCCAGAUUUGUAAGACAGUUCGGCAUGGUUUUCCUUACCAGCCCACAGCAUUAGCCUUUGAUCCAGUUCAGAAAAUCUUGGCUAUUGGGACGAGAACUGGUGCUAUACGAAUACUUGGGAGACCUGGCGUUGAUUGUUAUUGUCAACAUGAAAGUGGUGCAGCUGUUCUGCAGCUCCAAUUCUUGAUCAAUGAGGGUGCUUUGGUCAGUGCAGGUUCAGAUGAUACACUUCAUUUGUGGAACCUUAGACAAAAAAGGCCAGCUAUUCUUCAUUCUCUUAAAUUUAACAGAGAACGAAUUACUUACUGUCAUCUACCUUUCCAGAGUAAAUGGCUCUAUGUUGGAACAGAAAGAGGAAAUACACAUAUUGUAAAUAUUGAAUCUUUCAUUCUUUCUGGAUAUGUUAUCAUGUGGAACAAGGCAAUUGAACUAUCCACAAAGACUCAUCCAGGUCCAGUUGUACAUUUAAGUGAUAGCCCAAGAGAUGAAGGGAAACUGCUAAUAGGUUAUGAAAAUGGUACUGUAGUAUUCUGGGACUUGAAAUCUAAAAGAGCAGAACUGAGAGUUUAUUAUGAUGAGGCUAUUCAUUCAAUCGAUUGGCAUCAUGAGGGCAAACAAUUCAUGUGCAGCCAUUCAGAUGGUAGCUUGACUUUGUGGAACCUGAAAAGCCCAAGUCGUCCUUUCCAGACCACAAUUCCACAUGGAAAAAUUCAAAGAGAAGGAAGAAAAUCUGAAUCUUGCAAACCAAUUCUUAAAGUAGAAUACAAGACCUGUAGAAACAGUGAACCAUUCAUAAUAUUUUCUGGUGGAUUGUCCUAUGAUAAGGCUUGCAGAAGACCAAGUUUAACCAUCAUGCAUGGAAAAGCAAUUACAGUGCUUGAAAUGGAUCAUCCUAUUGUUGAAUUUCUAACUUUAUGUGAAACACCCUAUCCAAAUGAAUUUCAAGAACCCUAUGCCGUUGCAGUACUUCUGGAGAAAGAUCUCAUUGUAGUUGAUCUGACACAGAGCAACUUUCCAAUCUUUGAAAAUCCAUAUCCCAUGGACAUUCAUGAAUCACCAGUUACGUGCACAGCAUACUUUGCUGAUUGCCCACCAGAUCUGAUUCUAGUGCUCUACUCUAUAGGAGUCAAGCAUAGGAAACAAGGAUACAGUAAUAAGGAGUGGCCAAUCAGUGGAGGAGCUUGGAACCUUGGCACGCAAACAUAUCCAGAAAUUAUUAUUACUGGUCAUGCAGAUGGAUCAAUAAAGUUUUGGGAUGCUUCUGCAAUAACUCUGCAGAUGCUGUACAAGCUAAAAACUUCAAAAGUAUUUGAAAAACAGAAAGUAGGAGAAGGAAAACAAACAUGUGAAAUUGUAGAGGAAGAUCCAUAUGCCAUUCAGAUGAUCUACUGGUGUCCAGAGAGCAGAAUAUUCUGUGUAUCAGGAGUCUCUGCAUAUGUCAUAAUUUAUAAAUUCAGCAGACAUGAAAUCACAACAGAAAUAGUGUCAUUAGAGGUACGACUUCAGUAUGAUAUUGAAGAUAUUAUUACCCCAGAACCAGAAACAAGUCCUCCAUUUCCAGAUCUCUCAUCCCAGCUUCCUUCUUCAAGGAGUCUUUCUGGGAGCACUAACACUGUGGCUAGUGAAGGAGUAACAAAGGACAGUAUCCCAUGCCUCAAUGUUAAGACACGGCCGGUACGAUUGCCUCCAGGAUAUCAAGCAGAACUUGUUAUUCAGUUGGUAUGGGUGGAUGGUGAACCUCCACAACAGAUUACUAGCCUCGCUGUAAGCUCAGCUUAUGGAAUAGUUGCAUUUGGGAACUGCAAUGGGUUGGCUGUGGUGGAUUUUAUACAGAAGACAGUACUGUUAAGCAUGGGGACCAUUGACCUAUAUAGAUCAAGUGACCUAUACCAACGACAACCACGGUCUCCUCGAAAAAACAAGCAGUUCAUUGCAGACAACUUUUGCAUGCGUGGCCUGUCUAACUUUUAUCCUGAUUUAACGAAACGGAUCCGUACUUCCUAUCAGAGUUUAACUGAGCUGAAUGACAGUCCAGUUCCCCUGGAACUUGAGCGCUGCAAGUCUCCCACUUCAGAUCAUGUAAAUGGACAUUGCACAAGUCCAACUUCUCAGAGUUGCAGUUCUGGAAAACGUCUUUCCAGUGCUGAUGUGUCAAAAGUAAAUCGCUGGGGUCCUGGAAGACCACCAUUUCGAAAAGCACAGUCAGCCGCUUGCAUGGAGAUUUCUUUACCAAUUACAACAGAAGAAAGUCGAGAAAAUUCCUAUAAUCGUUCUAGAAGCUCUAGCAUCUCCAGUAUUGACAAAGAUUCUAAGGAAGCGAUUACAGCACUAUACUUCAUGGAGUCCUUUGCUCGGAAAAAUGACUCUACUAUCUCCCCUUGUUUGUUUGUUGGAACUAGUCUGGGAAUGGUGUUAAUCAUCUCCUUAAACCUACCUUCAGCAGAUGAACAAAGAUUUACAGAGCCAGUGAUGGUAUUGCCAAGUGGUACAUUCCUCUCAUUGAAAGGAGCUGUCCUAACAUUCUCCUGUAUGGACCGAACUGGCGGAUUAAUGCAACCGCCGUACGAAGUUUGGAGGGAUCCAAAUAACAUAGAUGAAAAUGAGAAAUCUUGGAGAAGGAAACUGGUCAUGAACUGCCCCUCUCCAUCCCAAGAAAUAGGAGAUCAUCAAUAUACAAUAAUCUGCUCAGAAAAACAAGCCAAAGUCUUCUCACUGCCUUCUCAGAAUUGCCUCUAUGUUCAUAACAUCACCGAGACAUCUUUUAUACUGCAAGCAGAUGUGGUGGUCAUGUGUAACAGUGCCUGCUUGGCAUGCUUUUGUGCCAAUGGGCAUAUCAUGAUAAUGAGCCUACCUAGUCUUCGCCCAAUGUUGGAUGUUAAUUAUUUGCCACUGACAGACAUGAGGAUAGCACGGACGUUCUGUUUUACUAACGAAGGACAGGCAUUAUACCUCGUCUCUCCUACUGAAAUUCAGCGGUUAACAUACAGCCAAGAGAUGUGUGAUAAUCUACAGGACAUGCUAGGAGAUUUGUUUACUCCCAUAGAGACACCAGAGGCUCAAAACAGAGGCUUCCUCAAGGGACUGUUUGGUGGAAGUGGACAAACAUUUGACAGAGAAGAGCUCUUUGGAGAAGCUUCAGCAGGAAAAGCAUCACGCAGCCUCGCACAGCACAUUCCUGGACCAGGUGGUAUAGAAGGGAUGAAAGGUGCUGCUGGAGGGGUCAUGGGAGAGCUGACUCGUGCACGGAUCGCACUUGAUGAGAGAGGACAGAGGCUAGGAGAGCUGGAAGAGAAAACUGCAGGCAUGAUGACCAGUGCAGAAGCAUUUUCCAAACAUGCACAUGAGUUGAUGCUGAAAUAUAAAGAUAAGAAAUGGUACCAGUUCUAAACUUCUAAAGAAGCUAUGACUGCUUUGAGAAGUCAUUAUUCAGGGAAACCAAAUUUAUUCCCAGCAUCACUAUUCAACUGCUAGAAGCCAGUUUCUUCUAUGAAAUGUUCCAUUACAGUCCAUCUGCAGUUAUCAUAAGGGAGACUUAUCAGAGACACCAUACAACCCAAAGGCUGGAACCCUGGUUAAAAUCCCAAGACAUGGCUGAAUUUGCCUUUUCCCACGUGGAAUGGAGCUAUCAUCUUGGCAUGUUAUUGGCUAAGGAUUUACAUUUAGGAACUAUGGGGAGUCCUGAUUUGAAAAAAUCCUGUACAAACAAAAAGCAUUAAUGCACUUAAUGAAAAAAAAUUUUGCAUGAUAAAUUAACAUCUUAAAGAGGAAGAGAAAAAAAAGCAUGUUGUGACAGAAGAAAAAAAGAUUUAAGGUAAACUAUUUUUAUAAAUUGGGCCACACCUGACAAUUUAAAAAAAAUCUGCAUUAGAAGAUCAGUGCAUUUCAAGUACAUUUGCGAUACCCAACUGAAAAAGCAAACAAAACCAGAGUUUUCUCCUCAUUGAUAACCUUCAUUAUACGAGAACAUUAUUGAAUUCUUAUGGCAAGAGUCUGAUUAACGUUAUUCUCACUCCAUAAUAUUUUACAUUAUUCACAGUUCUGGGUCAUAAUCAAAUAUUGCCAGUACAGUAAAUUAUUCCUAACACAGUUUUUUCAUUUCUAUCACCUUUAGAACAAGUUGCUACUUUUAGUCACAAACCAUGCAGGGUUGGGUCACCUUGAAGCAUUUUUAUCAGCCUGGCUUAUACUCUGCAGGGGAGUUGACAAUAGGUUUGGGGGAACUAGACUUAUAGGAACAACACAGUUAGCUUUGAGAACUGAUUUCACACACACUGGUUUCAGUUUCUAAAGUGAUAUAUUUUUAAUGCUCCAUUUGUAUCCUUGUCUGCCAAUUACACAGUA